GGUCCUGAAAUCUUCAAAAAGUGGUGUUAAAGCUUCUGAUAUUCCAACUAAAUACAAGAAUUACUUUAAUGAGGACCUACCAAAGCAGUCUUUGGGCUAUGCUAGCAUUGUGGAGAUGUUGUUUGAGAUGACAGAUAUUGCUGACUUAGAGAAACCAACAAAAGAUGGAGAGUAUCUUGUCUUUGCUAAAAAACAAGACACUGCUAGUGUUUCUGCAGCAAGUGCAUUAAUGAAAAAACCUAUAUUCAUUCCUGAAACAUUGUCACUGCUAGUGUGUAGAAUAUUGGAAGGGUCUCCACCUGUUCCUGUUCUCCAGUUUCCAAAGUUUUUUGAGAAAAUAACAACCAGGGAGCUUCCACUGAUUGAGUAUGGCUUCAGCACAGUUGAAGAGUUCCUAGCUUGCAUACCAGAGAUUAGUGCAAUUGAAGAUGAGAAGAAGGAGAAAGUUAUUAAAGUUACUCAGCCUGAAAAGUAAGCCAAGAGGGAGGAUGAAGUAGCUACUAAGGGAAAGACACUCUCGGAUACAUGUACUGCUAAAAAGCAUACUACACAAGCAGG